CCUCAGCUCUCUCUCAGCUCUCUCUCUCUAUCUCUACCUUCUGCGAUCGUUUCUGGGUGCGCCGACUUACCGAGCCUUUGGAUGUCGGCGACGCAGAGGAUACUCUGCGCUCUCAACCCAACGCUCCUCCGCCGUUCUUCCCUGCCGGCGGCGCUGCUGUCCAGGACCUCCCCCUUCCCCUCGCGUCGCUCCCUCGAUCCUCGCGGAGCCCUCGCCCGCUUUCUCGCCUUCGUCCCUUCCUCCUCCUCCUCCUCCUCCUCCUCCGCCACCGCCCGUCGAUCGAUCAUGCGUCGCCAUCAGAGAAAGGGUCGGCAUAGAGAGCAGGAGUGGAAGGAGGAAAACCCUUCCGUAACAGCUCCGGAAAGGAAUAGUGCAUUGACAUUUGAAGCUGUUACCAGCAGACUCGGAGGGUUAGAUAUUGCGGAGUCGAGUGGAGAUGUUCAUUCUCCCCAAUUGGGCGGCAUUCGAUCGGCAAACCAUCAUACUCCUUUCCAAGGUGAGAAGGCAAUCUGGAAUCCCAGAGCCUAUGGAACAGCUAGUGGACCCGUGGAAGUGGACACUGAGAGUAAGACUGCGGAUAAAGGAGUGGCGGAGGUGCAAGAGAAUAGUUCUGGCUCAAGUGUGGCGCAAGAGAUCUCUCUGGGUUUGAGUAAGUUGUUCAGGACAAAUUAUUUGGAGGGUUUCUCUGUGGAUAACAAUACGUAUACAAGUGCCCAAAUUAGAGCAACCUUCUACCCCAAGUUUGAAAAUGAGAAGUCUGAUCAGGAGAUUAGGACAAGGAUGAUUGAGAUGGUGUCGAAAGGCCUGGCAACAUUAGAGGUUUCCCUCAAGCAUUCAGGUUCUCUCUUCAUGUAUGCCGGUCAUGAGGGGGGAGCAUAUGCCAAGAACAGCUUUGGAAAUAUAUACACUGCUGUGGGAGUUUUUGUCCUUGGCCGCAUGUUUCGGGAGUCAUGGGGUAUGGAAGCGGGAAAAAUGCAAGCUGAGUUCAAUGCCUUUCUGGAGGAAAAGAGGAUGUGUAUUUCUAUGGAGCUGGUAACAGCUGUUUUGGGUGACCACGGGCAGCGACCCCGAGAAGAUUAUGUUGUAGUUACCGCAGUCACUGAAUUGGCAAGUGGCAAGCCUAAAUUCUACCCCACUUCUGAAGUUAUUGCGUUUUGUCGAAAAUGGCGUCUCCCUACCAACCAUGUAUGGUUGUUCUCAACAAGGAAGUCAGUGACAUCCUUUUUUGCUGCCUAUGACGCUUUAUGUGAAGAAGGAACAGCAACACCUGUUUGUAAGGCUCUUAAUGAAGUUGCAGAUAUUUCUGUACCAGGAUCAAUAGAUCAUAUCAAUGUGCAAGGUGAAAUCUUAGAGGGUCUCGUGGCUCGAAUUGUAAGCCCCGAGAGUUCAAAACAUAUUGAAGAAGUCUUGAACGACUUCCCUCCUCCACCAAAUGAAGGAGAUCAUCUUGAUCUGGGACCCAGCCUUAGAGAAAUUUGUGCGGCAAAUAGGACAGAUGAGAAACAGCAAAUGAAAGCACUCCUUAAGGGUGUGGGUACCUCCUUUUGUCCUGAUCUUUUAGACUGGCUUGGGAAUGAAACAGGCGAUAACCAUUCAAGAAAUGCAGACCGAUCUGUUGUGGCAAAAUUUUUGCAAUCACGGCCUGCUGACUACUCUACCACCAAGCUGCAGGAAAUGAUUCGCUUAAUGAGAGAAAGACGCUAUCCAGCUGCAUUUAAAUGCUAUCACAAUUUUCACAAAAUCAACUCUAUAUCAAGUGAAAAUCUUUUCUACAAAUUGGUCAUUCAUGUUCACAGCGAUUCAACUUUCCGCAGAUACCAAAAAGAGAUGAGGUCCAACCCGGGAUUGUGGCCACUCUAUAGAGGGUUUUUUGUCGACAUUAAUUUAUUCAAGGCAAAUAAAGAACGAGCUGCUGAAAUUGCAAAUAGCAAUCUGGAUAUUGUAGAAAAUACUAAUGGUACUGCUGCAUCCCCAAAGGAUAGUUUGGCGGAUGAUGAUGCAAACAUAAUGAUAAAACUGAAAUUUCUAACCUAUAAGCUCCGGACUUUUUUGAUUCGCAAUGGUUUGUCCAUACUUUUUAAGCAGGGUCCAGCCGCAUAUAAGGCCUACUACCAAAGACAAAUGACGAUAUGGGGUACUUCACCUGGAAAACAGAGACAACUCAGCAAGAUGUUAGAUGAAUGGGCUGUUUAUAUCCGAAGAAAGUGUGGAAAUAAACAGUUAUCAUCAUCAACAUACCUCAGUGAGGCUGAACCUUUUCUAGAACAGUACGCAAAACGCAGUCUGGACAAUCAAGCUUUAAUAGGAUCUGCUGGAAAUUUUGUGAGGGCCGAAGAUUUUCUUGCUAUUAUUGAAGGAGGCAGGGAUGAAGAAGGUGAUCUGGAAACUGAUCGACAAGUAGCACCACAAAGUUCUAGUCCCUCUGCCAGAGACUCUAUUGUGAAGGAUCAUGGUCUAAUUGUAUUUUUUCCAGGAAUACCUGGUUGUGCUAAGUCAGCCAUGUGCAAGGAACUAUUGAGUGCCCCAGGUGGUCUUGGGGAUGAUCGGCCAGUCCAUAGUCUAAUGGGUGACCUUGUUAAAGGGAAGUAUUGGCAGAAAGUUGCUGAUGAACGCAGGAGAAAACCCCAUUCUAUAAUGCUAGCAGACAAGAAUGCUCCAAAUGAAGAAGUUUGGAGACUGAUUGAGGAUAUGUGCAGGAGCACCAAAUCAUCGGCAGUUCCAGUUAUACCUGAUUCUGAAGGUACUGAUUCGAAUCCAUUUUCUCUCGAUGCAUUAGCUGUGUUCAUGUUCCGUGUGCUUCAGCGGGUUAAUCAUCCGGGUAAUCUUGACAAGGCAUCUCCAAAUGCUGGUUAUGUGCUUCUAAUAUUUUAUCACCUUUAUGAGGGCAAGAGUCGUGAAGAGUUUGAGAGUGAACUAGUUGAACGAUUUGGCUCAAUUGUGAAGAUGCCCUUGCUGAAAUCUGAUAGGAGUCCUCUACCUGGUCCAGUCAAAUCAGUUUUGGAGGAGGGACUUAAUCUAUACAAGCUUCAUACAAGGAGGCACGAGAGAUUGGAGUCCAACAAAGGAUCCUAUGCAGAGGAGUGGUCUAACUGGGAAAAGCAAUUGCGAGAGACAUUACUCAGCAAUGCCGAUUAUCUCAACUCUAUUCAGGUGCCAUUUGACUUUGCCGUUAAUCAAGUAUCGGAACAACUGAAGAAAGUUGUCGGAGGUGAUUAUACGGCGCCUAGUACUGAGAAGAGGAAGCUUGGAACAAUCGUUUUCGCAGCUGUCAGCUUACCCGUAACACACAUACAAAAUCUUCUUAAUGAUUUGGCUGAGAAGCACCCAAACGUAGAAACCUUCCUGCGAGACAAACACUUGGACAGCAGCCUCCAAAAGGCUCACGUCACUCUUGCUCACAAGAGAAGCCAUGGCGUUACAGCUGUAGCUAGCUAUGGCCUCCACGUCGAUCAAGAUGUCCCUGUGGAUCUUACGGCUUUGCUCUUCAACGAUAAAAUGGCUGCAUUCGAAGCUCGCCUCGGUGCUGUGGACGGGGAAGUCAUAACCUCCAAGAACGAUUGGCCGCAUAUUACUAUAUGGACAGCGGAGGGAGUUCCGCCCAAGGAGGCCAACGCUUUGCCCUCCUUGCUUUCAGAGGGGAAGGCUACGCAAGUAGAAAUUGAUCCUCCGGUUACCAUAUCUGGUCCGCUCCAAUUCUUUUAGGCAAGUUAAUUUCCCUUAUUUUUGCACGUGUUGGAGGGGAAAUUCUCAGAAAAGUUUUGUCGCCCCCGAGGGACUUUGUAUAGGUCUGUUGGGUAAAUUUUCUCGUUUUGUAUAAUUUGAAGCAAGUUGAGACGAGUUUAGUAAGCUCGUAGAAUGCAUCUUUGUAUCUGUCGACUUGAUGAGAGUCUACUUUCUGAAAUUUAAUGAAAGGAAAUUGCUUA